UAAGAGCUUAGGAAAUUGGGUGAAAAUCUCUUUGUUUCGUGCCCCCUAAAAAAAAAGCGAGAAUUUUUCGAAACUACAAAAGAAAAGGAAGAAAAAUGCAGGGCAGAGGCCUCUCUACCAUGUUUCGUGUAAAAAACAUUCUAGAAUUUCCCAAAACCAUGAGAAGAAAAUUGCAGGGCAGAGGCCUCUCUAGCAUGUUUCGUCGCCAAAAUCUUGGUAUUUUUUCCAAAAUUCUUACGAGAAGACUUAAAAAGGGGGUAAGAAUCGUAAAAUUAGUUGGUGUUGGUAUUUAUUCUUUGAGUUCGAAAUUUGUUGGCACUCUUAAAAAUUCCUAUAUGCUGAUCAAAACGAAGAGAAGAAAAAUAAGGAGGAAACUACCGGAUACAGGUGAAAAGAUUGUAGAGGGCGAAAAUGGGGAACAGGAAGAUGAUGGAGUAGAGACGGUUACUAUAGUUUUGAAGGUUGGUAUGCAUAACCAGUGUAAUGGUUGUGUUAAGAAAGUUAUCAAAUCCGUUCAAAGUUUUGAAGGUGUUGCGAAAACUCAAAGAGAUAGUGCAAGUGCAACAAACGAGAUAACUGUAAUAGGAAAAAGAGUUGAUCCAGUAAAACUAAGAGAAUAUGUUGCGUUAAAAACUAAAAAGAAAGUUGAACUUAUUUCCCCUCUUCCUAAGAAACCAGAAAAGGAAACACCAAAUGAGAAGAAAGUUGUCAAAAAGCAGGCGCCUCAAGUGAUGAGAGUUGAUAGUGAUUCGUUCCGCGUUGAUAAGGCCAAUAAUUUUGUAAAAGUGAAAGGAACAAUGGAUGUUACAGAACUCACAACUUGUUUGAAACAGAAACUCAAAAGAGAUGUUCAUAUUUAUUCGACCAAGGCACAUAAUGGCGGUGAAGAGAAAGAUGGUGAUGAGAUGAAAGAAAACGGUGGUGGUGGGAGUUGCUGGAGAACAGAGGGAGAAGGUGCUAAAAUAUAUGAACACCCUCGUGGUGGUCCAAGACAAAGGAAUGUAUAUGAAUACGGGUAUGGAUAUGAAAAUAGGUAUAAUUAUGGUCCUGGAAAUGGUUAUGGGGUUGACCAUGUUCGACAAGAUGAGAUGUUUAGUGAUGAAAACCCUUAUUUUUGUUCUAUUAUGUGA